GGAUGAAACUGCCUGGCUGAGUCAGACUGUCUUCUCCAGUUCUCCUCCAUGGAACCUCCCCCUCUUCCAUUGUACCGAGCUCGUAUUCCUGAGGAAGGAGGACAAUAUGACGAGGCGGGAUCGUUGAGCUCUGGUUUGCUCCAGGUAACGAAAGUAAACACUUCCGAAGUAGACGUUACCAUGUCCGACCAAGCUGUACAAUGGCUAUGCAGGCAGCUCGAGGAAGAAAGGGCGGAGAAGCAGCGUCUUUUAGAUCAGCUUCAUCGUGAAAGGCUAGAAUGUAGAAGAUAUCAGGAACAGCUCGCCAAAGUUUCAGCGGAGAGGGACAUGGCAAUGAGAAUUUGUGGCGUCAUUUCCCGUGGAAGAUCGGCAUCUCCUAUUGACCGACCGGCGUCGCCCAUGUUAUCCCCGUCUCGCUCCACUUUUUCCACUUUACCCAGAGCUUACACGGCAACUUCAACCUCUCUAGAGCAGCAUACCCCACCUGCAUGGAAAAGGGAGAUGCACCAUGGAGAACCCGAUUCUCAUUACCCAGGACAGUCUCCAUACAGCUAUAAGCCGACCAAUCUGAAGUCGCAAUACACCAACCAUCUUCCACGAGUCAACGAAGGCGGGAGUGUCAUGAUGGGAGACGCUCGUACAGCUCAAGUUCCUGGACCGAACCGUUUCAACUUCAGCGAGGAGAGAAGCAUGAGCUCGGAGUAUCAGUCUCCGUUUCCAGCCAGGCUGACAGCUUCAUCUGCUUACAUCGAUCGUGGGACGAGGAUGCCUUGUAGGUGGGGGAAGGAGUCAAGGGGCUACGAUCAGAAGAUGGAAGCAUCGAAAUUGGUUCGAUCUUUCAGUACCAGCGUCUAUGACCAGGUAUCCACCAAGGCCGAAAUGGCACGUCCUGGAUCGCAAAAUCUAGCUCAGAAGUUGACUUCGUGCUUCUCGCCUGGAUCCGUUUCAGGCGAAAGCAUUGACAUGAUGAGUUCUGCAGGCGUAACCAUGGAUGUUGGAAGCUGGGUGAAUGAGCAUGAGGAAUCAGCUGCUGGAGAAGACUAUAAGGAUAAGGCAUCAAGCGCAAAUACUGAACUGCUGCGUUCCGAGCCUUCAACCAGAAGGUCAUCGACCUCUGGGAAAGUCACAGAAAAGGGCUCAGUUCGUCCAUCCGGCAUUGAAGAGUGCAAAGGAGUGUCAGGUGUAAACGAGACCCAGAAAGGUCCAGCUCCGAAGCAGCCAGCACCAACUUUUCGAAGUCUCAGCAGAGUGGUCGUUGCUGAGCUGUCAGUGUACAAGAAUGUGCCUCCUGAAGACAUUGUGAAGCUGUGGUCAGCCGUGCUCACGCUUAUUGGGUUCCGGGAUGCCUCAUAUGACUCAAACAUGAAGACAAAGGCUGUGUGGAGGGAGAUCCAGAAGCGGCUCAUCACCGCAUCCACGAACCAGCAGCACAGGAUAUCAAGCAUCUACUGCUGUUUGAAGGAGGUAGAGAAGAGGAUUCAAGGUCAGCCGCCAGAUGCUACCACCGUGAAAGUCGUCAGAGGAACUCUUCCUAAAGUUGACAGAGUCACGUCUUGCAGCAAACCAGCCGAAGCUUUGCAUGUGUGGGUCAUAUCUGCCCUUGACCAGUUCACAAAGGAGAAACGCUCGACUGGAGUCACAGGUGGAGGGUUGUGACUGACAUGUGGGGUUUGAUUGGCAUGGGGGGAGGGAGAGAAUACCUUUCCACUCGAUGGAAACAACUCUGAAUAAAGCAGCAAAAGCGCUGUGUGUAGAGGAGUUCAGAUUGGUGACACAAUGCUUUUAGGCGACUGAACAAAUGCUGUAGUUUCUUAGUGGCGGCAAGCUUCACUAGCCAGUUUCAACCUCAAUGUUAAUUGAA